UGGUAUAUGUGAUGUAUAAAUAUCAGAGAGUAGGGAUGGUCCAGUUAACUGUCAGUGAUUAACUGAUCCAUUGCCUGGUUGAUUAUGUUACAUGCCACAUUUUGGAUUUCAAUAUCGGUGAAGUAUUUACCAAAACAAAAAUCGAAUGUGGACUAAUAGGAUUGUCCAACCUCGGUUUUCGUGAAUGUUUUAAAGUUGUUUUAACAAAUAAGAUGUGUUGGAUGACGUCUUAGAGUGUUAAUCCAUUUCUGUACAGUCCCAGCAGGGGGGGCUGAAUUUAGGUAUUCCAGCCUAUUUUUGUACCCUGAACACGAAUCUGUGGGAUCCUGCCUGUCCCAAGUGAACUUUCCCUCAAUUGUGGAUUUUGGCCCCUCGAGGUUUUUUGCCCUCAUUUCCCCAAAUUGUCCUCAAAUGGUGGUCCACUGGUCCUAGCUCAGCUAGCUCAAAAAUAGGGUGUAUAAAAGUUGUUCUACAUUAAUUUUCCCGAUCACAUGACCUAUGAACCAACUUUGUCUCCUUAAGGGGGUGGAGCCACAUUGUAGAGGGUAUUCAAGGACCACAAUCAUUCGCCGUAGCAGGGAACUUUAUGCCCUUGGUCAGAGGCUACACUGCGUAGCAGCGCUCUCUGGACAGGUUAGUUCAUCCAGAGCUGAUGAUUGAAAUGGACAGCUAUGUCCGCCUUGCAGUUUUCUGAUAGUCGCAUUAGAGAGCAGAAGUUAUAAGUUAAGUUGUUCUUGUACUGGUUCAUAGUCCUGUGCAUGGCACGGACGGGUGCUAUCGAUUGUAUAAUUGAGUAUUGUGCAAUAAACCUGUGAAAGGAAUAUUGUAUUGUCUUGUUUACUAUUGAUAGAAUGUGUGGUAAAUCCCUGACUAGGUUCUUACUAGGAAGGGUGGAUGCGAGCUUACUCCAACCCAUUUGUGGAAGAGUAAGUCAGAAUCAGUGUUUACCACUACAACAGCCAAUCGAAUAUAUGGAGUAUCUGAAUCUGAGCCGUGAUAGGUAUGAAAUUUAUUAUGUUGUUUACAUCUAAGCCCCCCCCCCCUCACUUGAAUCAUUUGAGGUCAGAAAGGAGUUCAAGGAAACAAUGUAAGUAGGUAAUGUUGAAAUGAUCCAAAAUAUUUUAAAAUGAGUAUUUCAGACAUUUUCGAUAGAUCUUGUAAAUGCAUCAACUUUUCAACUCUAAAAACCAGGAAAUGCAUUAAAAGUCUACCUCGGAGAAUGAGAAUAACUUUGAAUUUGACAAUGAAGACUCAAGUUUAUUAUAUUUUUAAAAAAAAUGUGAAGUACACAAAAAGCCUCGAGAACAUUUUUUGUCUUGUUUUGUGGUGUAGGUACAAUAUUUUACAAAGAAAUUCAUGAUAAUGCUCGGCAAUAAACUCGACGAUAAGCUUACCUUCAACGUAUUUUUUAGGUUUUGGUUGAUAGGUAUGCUUGAGUAAAAUUGAAGUUUCGACUCGAUUCUAUUUGUAAAAAUAAGUUAUAGGUAUUGGGAACUUUCCUGAUUCUAUAUGUACGUGAACUCUUAGUACCUAUUUCAAAGACAUAACUCGCAUUUAUAUACCAUGUAUGUAAAAAGUUGUAAAUAGUUUCUAGUGACUUCUAUGUUUAAUUUCAACAUUAUUUCUUCUGUUACCUAUUCAUAAUUCAUGUGAAUAUCCACAAUUAAAGUUAAAGUGGUCAUGACUUUCAAAAAAGUAUUCACUGCAACCUUCAUUGCUGUUUUGGUAAUUGAUAAUGGAGCUUCUUACGAGUACGGAAGUGGUAGUGUAUUGUGGACCAGUUUUGGAGCACCUGUUGAUAGCUUGACUUCUUCCUUAACAGCUGGUCCACAAGGGCCUGUUCUGCUUCAAGAUACAAUCUUAAUCGAUCAAUUAGCUCAUUUCAAUCGAGAACGUAUUCCUGAAAGAACUGUGCACGCUAAAGGUGGCGGCGCAUUCGGGUACUUUGAGUGUACCCACGAUGUCACAAAAUACACAAAACUGAUCCCUUUUUCCAAAAUUGGUAAACGAACUGACGUAGCUGUGCGAUUUUCCAGGGUUAUAGGAGAAAGCGGUACUGCAGACACUGUCAGGGAUCCCCGAGGAUUUGCUAUAAAAUUCUACACAGAAGAUGGAAUAUGGGAUAUAGUGGGAUUUAGCUUUCCAGUAUUUUUCGUCAGAGAUCCUAUGCUGUUUCCAAGUUUUAUCCAUGCUCAAAAAAGGGAUCCAGUUACUCACUUAAGGGAUGAUAGUGGGUUCGAUUUCGACUCAUUAAGACCAGAAACGACGAACGCAAAUAUGUAUCUGUUUUCGGAUGUCGGUAUACCGGAUGGUUUCAGGCACAUGGACGGAUUUGGAAUCAAUACAUUCAAAUUAGUUAACAAACAGGGUAUAGCGUAUUGGUGCAAAUUCCAUUUUAAAACUAAUCAACAAGUGAAAAAUUUAUUCGCCGAUAAAGCGGCUCAAAUAGCAUCGCAGGAUCCUGAUUACAGUAUUCGUGAUUUAUACAAUGCCAUCGACAAAAAAGAUUAUCCUUCUUGGACUUGGACCACGUAUAUUCAAAUUAUGACUUACGAGCAAGCUGAAAAGUAUAAAUAUGAUCCGUUCGAUGCAACUAAGAUAUGGCCAACCGAGGACUUCCCACUAAUAGAAGUAGGGAAACUGGUUUUGAACAGAAACCCAAUCAAUUAUUUCGCACAAGUUGAACAAAUGGCAUUUGACCCUAGUCACAUGAUACCUGGUGUAGAGCCCAGUCCGGAUAAAUUGUUGCAAGGCCGUCUUUUUGCGUAUGGCGAUGCCCAACGUUACAGACUAGGAGCUAAUCACUUACAAUUACCUGUCAAUUGUCCUUUCAAUGUUAGAGUUACUAAUUACCAAAGAGACGGAGCAUCUGAUUACGCCAAUUACAGUCUACAAGGUGCACCGAAUUAUUUCCCAAAUAGCUUUGGAGGACCACAGCCAAAUCCAAGAACGAAAAUUUCACCUUAUGAGGUCUCAGGAAAGGUGUAUAGAUAUGAAUCUGGCGACUAUGAUAACUAUAGCCAGGCUGCAGUAUUUUGGAAUAAUCUUAGCGAAGGGGAACGUUUCAGAUUGGUGCAGAAUAUUGUUAGUGUUUUAAAGCCUGCUCAUGUCUCUAUUCAGAAAAGAGUGGUGAACAAUUUUUCCAAAGUAAAUAUUAAUUUUGGUUACAGAUUAAAGAUCGCUUUGUCGAUUGCAAAAGUAUGACUCGUAAUAUAGACUGUACAAUCUUGUAUGUAAUUAAAUUACUAAGGCUACGUAUGAAUGCCAAUAAAACUUUCAAUUAUUUUCUUA